UAUGAACGACGCAAAGGCGAAUUAACCAGUCGAUCGGCAUCCACUGACCGGAGCGCAUUACCUAAUACGUUACUCACAUAACAAGCAACAUGAAGACCGCGCCUAUAUUACUCGUUGUUCUGCUGUCGUUCGUUUGUGUCAGCUAUUGUAAAGACCUGAUUGUGGGCUCCAGUUUCAACAACAGAUUGAUACAUCAGCAAAAAGCCGAGUACAAUGCCAUCCCACUCAAGAAACGAGUUAAGGAGGUGUUCUUCUCAGACCCCGGACAACAGAUUAUCAAGGGCAUAAUUCUCCGGGACUUGGACCACACUGAUGCGAUCCCCAGCGUGACUGCCGGCGGAGUCGGCUUCUCAUACGCCAACAUUAGGCUGAAGAGCGACCGAGGAUCGGGCCUCAACUACCAGAUCGAGAUCUACGUCUGAACAGCCAAAGUCAAGACUCCCUUAACUAUUAACUAUGCUUAAGUUAUAUUUGUUUAGAAAUACGUCAUUAAUUUGUUUAUUCUUACAAAAAAUAUUUGUCAGAAAGUUUAUAUAUUAAACUAUCUGAUAAUAAAAAGGUAGUUUUUACUUGUGUCCAUACAGAACUAAUCGAUGUAGUCAGGAAUAACCCCACAAGUAGAGCAAUUAUCAAAUACAAGACGAUAAACAACACUCAUAAUUUGAACUGAACAAUAAAAAACAUGCUAUAUUACACUUAUUACCCAGUA